UAGCUUACAAUCACAUUACAGUGAGUAAUUAUCAUAAACGAUAAAAUGAUAACAAAUACUAAUAAGUGAUAAGAAAUAAUCAUUACUUAUUCUACUUGCAUUAACGGAUGUAAAGCUAUGGUCAAAAAAGUUUCCACAAGUGCAUACUACUAUAUUUAACAGAUUUAAAAAUGGCGGAUACUUCGGUGAAAUUAGCAACAUAUAACUUGGUUCUAACCGGUACGAGUAGCUGUCUAUCUAUAAUAGGAGGAAUUCUCAUUAUAGUGACCUUUCUAACAGUAAAGAAGAUACGGGGAUAUUUUACUAGGAAAUUGCUUGUUUAUCUCACAAUCGCCGACUUGUUUACAGCGAUAGGCAAUUUGAGUGCCGUCAUACGAUACGCAUACGCUCAUGAUGGUGAAGAGACAGUCUCAGAAAACUGCACCGCUCAUGCACCUACAAAAUAUGAGGACUUCUGUAUUGCGCAAAGCUUUUUAACAACGUUUUCGAAUCUUUCCUCAUUUCUAUGGACGGCCGUCAUUGCCAUACAUUUAUGGUCUUCUGUAAUAAUCAGAACGAGGCAAACGGAAGUGUAUUACCUCCACGCGCUGUACCACGUGAUAUGCUGGAUAAUUCCAUUGAUCAUUGUUGUAAUAUUGUUGAAUAAGGAAUACUUAGGUGAAGAUUUCUGUUUCGGUACCGGGGUUUGGUGCGGGAUUAAAAGUGAUUUAGCUCCCCAUGAAAUAGAGAAAUGGAUGUAUAUAGCUGACGUAGGCUGGCAGAUAGCUUGCUAUUUAACGGCAUGCUUUCUGUAUAUACAUCUGAAAUUUUACUUGAGGCUACAUAAUAGAAGCAGACAACUGGCGUCUGUCAUGCACACACUACGUAAUGAAGAUGAAAACUUUGUAUUUGUGUGGAUGGUUAUUUACUUAUUAAAAUUAUGGGGAUUAACUCGAUUCUUCAUCACAACAUAUGCUAAUAAUGAUGUGUUACGCAGUCAAUCGAUGAAAACAUUUUUGGAGUUUUUACUGGUGAUGCAAAGUUACGGAGCAAGCGGCCAAGCUUUUUGGAACUUUAUUCUCUUUUGUGUAAUGGACCAGCCGGUUAGAAGACAUAUGACGAAUUGGUUGAAAUUACGUGGUUCAGACGAAGAGAUUACACGGUUGCUAUAAGAGUUUCUUUUUCAGCCUUUAAAAGGAGAUGCAAUUUAUGAAAUGUAUAAUUAUACAAAACUGAAGACUGGGAAAACUACGAAGAAUUGGCUUCAUCUCCAUAAUGGCUGAUUCACCUCUGAUUCGACUCACAAUCCCAUGCAUCACUGUAGAAAUUUGUUCAAAGAAAUGGCAAUAAUUUAUUACCUAAUCUUGUAAUCUUGACGAAAACUUAUAAGUAUAGCCGCCCACUAGUUCCUUCUUCUUUUGAGAAGCACUGUACGUGUUUUCAAGAUGUAAAUUGUAAUUAAGUAAAGUCGUUACCGAGGAGAAGAAAUGCAAGCUGUAAUUAGGUGUAUAAUUCUAGGACAACCAUAACGAGGCUGAAAUUCCUAAGAGGUUUGUCGUCUGCUGUAGAGAAUUACCUCAUUAAGUAAAUAUAUUUGAUUUAUAUGCAAAUGCACUGUGUUUGUUACAGAAUAGAAAUACAAUCCAUGCAACAAUUUUACUAUUUCAUAAUAUAUUGUGUUUUAAUAAUCAAAAUACUAGAUAGCUUUAAUAUGAUAAAAUAAAAUCGUUUGCUUUGUUUAUGCCAUUAUGAAACAUGAAAUGUAUUAUAACAUGGCACAUCCUUAUAUGCAUGAUAAAUUAUAUUCGCUGUAUUUUGGGCCGCAGGCCUUUACUUACAAAUAAAAGUGA